GCCAUCGCCAACAGCUUGUCACUUACACCGAAGUUUCAAUUUCCGUUUUUCUUUUUUCGAUUAGCUUAAUAAACUGGCGGUGCUUAUAUUUCCCUGGAAUUGCCUGUUUCUCGGUCUAUUAUAUAAAUCGUAUUGUGUCAAGUGACCACAUUAAUUGUAUAUAAGGGGCAAUAUCUGCCACUGUCAACACUCCACAAUGGAACAAACCACACCAACAAUAGGACAAAGCGAAGACUCUCGCUCUGAACCCUUUGAAAAUGACACAAAGAGCGAAACAGUUGCCGACAGUACCCCUCAACCUCCGUUAGAUGCCCACCCCGCCUCCUCCAACUCACCUUCACAUCCUCCUUCUACAUCUACAGAACUUUACAACAUGGCCGCUCACACAGCUUCAAAGAAGAAAGGCACUGCUUCGACAAUUAAGAAGACGCCUAAGCGAUCAAAGAAAACAGGAGGGCCAAGGGCGGCGAAAAGAGCCAAACUGCCCGCGCGGUCAGGUUCCGCGGGAGAUGCCCAUGAAUCGGCAGGAUCCGAACUCGAGGAAUCUGACCAUGGACCAUAUUGCCUAUGCCGUGGGGCAGACGACCACCGGUGGAUGAUAUGUUGCGAAAAUUGCGAGGAUUGGUUCCAUGGAGAAUGUAUCAACAUGAACAAAGAGGUUGGCGAAAAUCUGAUCGAAAAGUUCAUCUGUCCACUCUGCACAAACGAAAGCCUCACAACUUUAUACAAGAAAACAUGCGCCUUGGGCGGAUGUAGAAAGGCAGCCCGAAUAGCCCAGGAGGAGAAGAGCGUGUUCUGCUCCAACGAGCAUGCACAAACAUGGUGGGAGCGAAUAGUAGCCAAGUUGCCCAAGGCAAAGGGAAAAGGAGGAGUUAACGACCAGCUUACCCAGGAGGAAUUCAUGGCGCUGCUUCAGGGUGGCCUUUCAGGAACUGACGAAGAAGGGCUUUGGAGGCUGGUCAAGGCACCAUUUGCAGGCGAAGAGUCAAAUGGUCCAAACGGAACUGAGAAAGAAAAUCCCGAUCAGACGCACCUCUCUGCGGAGGAGAAAGAGUAUCUCGAAAGUGCAGCCGCAGCACGCUUCCACUUGGCCGAGGAGACAGUUCUCUGUCACAAAAUGCUCACUCUCUUGGAGUUCGCACACGAGAGACGGCAAGCUGCAAUUACUGCCGGUCGCUUCAAAGAAGAUAUCUGUGGAUACGAUGAACGUCUCGACAGUAUUGGUGCCCGGGACGCUUUUGAGGCGUUUGCAAAGUCGCCAGAAGGCGAGGCUAUUUUCAAAGCGUCUCGCAUGAGCGAUCCUCUAGGAGAAGGCGACGAAGUUCGUGGUAUGUGUGAGCGCAAGCGUUGCAAGUUUCAUGGUGGAUGGUAUAAGAUGCUUUCAUUGGGUCUCAAGCAUCAGAUCCGGGAAAUGGCAACACAGGCCGAUGAGGUUGGAGAAGAGGAGAAGGCUAUGCGCCAAGCCGCGAAGGAUAGAUGGAGGCGGAAGCAGUCAGAAAAGAACUGGGUUGAGGUUCUGGAUGGUUGAAUGCUGCUGCUACUCAGGCGUUGCUGGCGUAUAUGGGAUACUGCUGAUUGUUGGGUGCUUAAUCAUGUCACCAUCAAGCUAACUAUAGAGUCCUUUUCGAGCAGUCUGGCAGUCUUUAUGAGAGGGACUACAAAUGUCUACUAUUUUCAAUCAUAAAAUCAUGAAGGAAACAUCUAUUCACACCUGG